AUGAUUCUUUGUAAGUGUCCCUCAUGCGACGCAUACACGCUCGAAGAGGCUUGUCCGCACUGUGGGGUCGUGACUCGCACCGCACAUCCUGCAAAAUUUAGUCCCGAUGACAAGUAUUCGGAGCAGCGGGUACGCUUUUUGUCCAGGUUCCCGGGAUCCUCUCUGAUGACCAGCCCAGCGUUCACUUUUUGA